AUGCCCACCGACAAUUGCCAAACUACCACUGUCACGAUGACUGCUACAGAGACCGCACGUACUGCCCAGGCUGCUUCGGGCACCAACACCACCCAUGAUGGUGCUCAUGGCAAUGGCCCGCAAAGCCAGGGAAUGAUUGACGCCAAUAUGAGCACUAUUGUCAACGGAUUUGGCAGUCUUGGAAUCAAUGGACUUCCUGCUAUUCCAGGAAUGGUCCCCAUGGCCAUGUCGGAUGGCCGUAUUGUUCACGUGGCCACCAACUACCCUGGCUCUGGUGUCCCAGGUUCUGGUAUUCCGGCCUUUGGUUACGCCCCUGCCCCUGAGCAGUAUUCUGCUGGUUAUGGUCCUCCUUAUCUCACCCAUGGCGGUUACCAGAAUGGUCCAUUGUUCGCUCUUGGACCAUACACGCCUGGUCGAGCCGGUAUCACCCAUGACCGUGCCGAUGCCAGUCUACGAGACGUGCCCAGUCUUGACAUUCGACGAUCAUCGUACUCUACCAACGAGUCUACACCGGCGACCCCGUUCCUCGGAAGCAUGGCUUCCCGUGAUCAAGGCGCUCGCGUCACCGUUUUCGAUCGUUCGACGUACACCACUCCGUCUCCGCAGCAGGUUGCGACUACUGAGGGUCUCCAGGAGCCCAAGUCUGCGGUACUUGAUUCUCUCCUUGAACGCUUCCCGCGAAUCCCCGAAGCCGUUCCAGCGGUCUUUACGCCCCCGGAGAACAUGCGUACCCUCGAGCAGAGUCUUGUUAGUCCUAUUGCAGGAAAUCGCAACGUAUACAUUCGUGGCCUGCAUCCAUACACGGAUGACAACCUCUUGUUGAAGUAUGCAGAGCGCUUUGGCAAGGUCGAAACCUCCAAGGCUAUUAUUGAUUCUAGCACAAGCGCCUGCAAGGGCUUUGGUUUUGCCAAGUUCUUCGAUGUCCGUGACUCGGAGAUGUGUAUCAGGGGCUUUCAUCGCCGAGGCUAUGAAGUUGGAUUCGCCAGAGAAUCGUUCAACUCCCGCCUGAGAGCUGAGGGAGAUCCUGGCUCGACGAACCUGUAUCUGUCGAACUUGCCCAAGAAAUAUGGUGAACAGGAAAUCAUUGCCAUUUUCGAGGGUUACGUCAUUUUGUCUAGCAAAGUCCUUCGAGACAAUAUGGGCAAUAGUCGAGGUGUGGGUUUUGCUCGCUUUGAGUCUCGCGAGAUGUGCGAACUAGCAAUUGCCCAGUACUCUGGUCGCCUUAUUGGCGAUGAGCGCCUACCGUUGCAGAUCCGCUAUGCGGACACACCAGCUCAGAAGGACCUGAAGCGUGUUACAGCUGAGCGCCGUCAGUUCCGUACGAAUGAGUAUAAUGUUGGUGCUUAUGGAACGAGCCUUGUUGGUGAGGACCCUACUAACUCACAUACUUAUCGACGUGAUGGAUCCGGUGGAAAUGGUGGAAAUGGUGGAAGCGGUGGAGCUUAUUCUCGACGUAGUGGAUCAGGAGAACAGGCCGCAAGCUUGAAUGGAUAUUCCAAUGACAGCCUUCGUCAGGGUGGUCAGGGAAAUCGGGACUCUCUCGGUUCCGUAAGCGGUGACGGUGUCGAGAUCCGCGUCGAGUCGCCCCUAGUUGCGCACGGCAGUACCCAAUCAUCCCCCACGAAGCAAGAGAAGGAGUAA